AAUAACGGCAACGUCGCAUGUGUAUUGUAAUGGAUUUAUAGAGAAAAUUGGUGAUAUUAGUUAAUUCUAAAAGUGAUAACAUCACAUUAGUGAAAAAUAGACCUAAAAUAGUGCAAUUGAAAAGAAAAACAAUACAAACAGUGGCCAAAAAGUGUUAAGAUUAAGUCACUAAGCAGAAUUAAAGGUUAGAAAUAUUCUCAUUAACCAAACAUUGUUGUCAAAGUUUCUUUAUAUCUCACGAGUAUGAGUGACACAAAUUUAAUUUUAAGUGAAAUUAUUAACUCAAAAAAUGAGCUCAUAAGUAAAAUAGAAGCCUCCGAAACUAAACUACUUCUAAAAAUAAAAGAAUUAAAUCGUAAGACGCACGAUAUAGAAACAGAAAACAAAAUCCUAAAAAAUAAAAUAGAAGCUCUAGAAAAGAAACAAAAAAGUAACAACAUCGUUAUUUUUGGAAUAAAAAAUGAAAAUAACGACAACAUAGUGGAACAAACGAUAAGUUCUUUAAAUAAAUUGCUCCAAGUUGAAAUAAACAAAUCUGAUGUAAACAAUGUUUAUCAGUUAGGAAAAAAAGGACCAAUUUUAGUUGAAUUUUUAUCAUAUCUUAAAAAAAGAGAAAUUUUACUAAACACCCAAAAACUUAAAGGAACAAAUGUAUACAUUAAUCAUGACCAAACAUUGAAGGAAAGAAGUGAUGGGAAAAUUUUAAGAGAAAAUCUUAAUGUUGCAAAAGCUAAUCCUGAAAACGAGUGUUAUAUUAAAAAUAAUAAAUUAAUUAUCAACAAAAAGAGUUAUACAGCAGACCAAUUAAUUCAAGAAAACAUUGAGGAAAUCGAGAUUCCUAGAUCUAAAUUUAAUAGUGCGACAGCCACCCCAAAUCCAGGACACAUCGAAAAGGUAUUGGAGGAAGAAAAUUAUUCAGAAAAGAAUCCAAAGUCUCCAGGCACAUCUAUUUUACAUACCCCCAUUAUAAAUCCUAAAGAAAAGUCAGUCAAAAUAAAUAUUCAAAAUAUAAAUUUAAGUAGUGAUAACAAUAAACCAAAAACUAGAUCUGUAGGAAAAAAUGAAAAGAAAUAAUUUAUAAGCUUUGUAAAUAUUACUUUAGUUAUCGUUACAAAAAAAAAUUAAUAUAUAUAUUUGUAAACAGUAUUGUUUAAAUUCUUGUGGUUUUUAUAAAUUAUGAGUCGAUAAAUAUAAUUGUUUUAAUUUAAGUAUUGUUUUUUAAGUUUUUAGAUUUGUAAUACCUAUUUGUUAGAUUAAAAAAAAAAAUAUGUUGGACUUAUUAAGCAGUAUAAAUGAUCAAGAAGAGAUAAAAACUCUUAUAUGCAAUGAUUCACAUUCAUGUUUAAGGGAGAUUGAAGAUAUGAACUUGAAUUUAAUACAUUUUAAUAUUAGGAGUUUAAAUAAAA